AUGGGAAGGUCUCCUUGUUGCGAGAAAGCCCACACAAACAAAGGAGCUUGGACUAAAGAAGAAGACCAACUUCUCAUCGACUACAUCCGUAUUCACGGCGAAGGUUGCUGGCGUUCUCUCCCUAAAUCCGCAGGGUUGUUACGAUGUGGGAAAAGUUGUAGAUUGAGAUGGAUUAACUAUCUUCGUCCUGAUCUCAAACGUGGCAAUUUUUCUGAUGAAGAAGACCAAGUUAUCAUCAAACUCCAUAGCUUACUCGGCAACAAAUGGUCACUGAUCGCGGGAAGAUUACCAGGAAGAACAGAUAAUGAAAUUAAAAAUUAUUGGAACACUCAUAUUAAAAGGAAGCUUCUUAGCCAUGGAAUCGACCCGCAAACUCAUCGUCCCAUCAAAGAUUCCAUCGCCGUGACUGAUCCCAAAACGGUGCCAACUACCGUUACCGUUCCACCCCAGAACGGCGCCGUUGAAUACUCUUUAAACGUCAGACUGAAGACGGAAAAUUCCUCGGAUAACGUAGCAUCCACAAGCGGCACGACGACUGAUGAGGAUCUCCGGCAGAAUGGGGAUAUUUAUUACGGUGAUAAUUCAGGAGACAGAGAACUGAAUCUGGACUUAACUCUUGGGUUCGGGUCAACUUCUUUAGUCAGGUCGGGUCCAAAAAGUGGUACCGGAUCAUCAGCAGACUCAAAGCCGUGGCGGGAUCCAGUGAUGGUGACGCGUUUGUCACUGUCUUGAAUCAAGAGUCUUGAUUAUUACUUCAGUUUCUUGGCAUUUUGUUUUAGUUUCGUUCAUAUAUAUACCUUGUGAAGUAAUUGUGCCACAGAUAGAAAAACAAACAAUUUAACUUUAAAAUAAAAAGAACAUGAUAACGUUUUUUUCUUUAAAAGCUUUCACUGGAAAAUUUUCACCAUUAUGGUAAGAAGUAAGAAGUUUAAUGAGUGUUACGGAU